AUGCCCGGAGAUAGAUUUCAUGAUAUUGUGGAAGAAGGACUUUCUGACAACAAAGAUGAAGAUAAGAAUGAAGGUGAUUUUGAGCUUCCUGAGAGCUCCCACAAACAUGUUCUUCUCACCUUUGACGGUCAAAAAUUCAGCGCUAAUAUGGACAUUAUGAGCUUGUGGGGAUACAGUGAGCAAGUCCUUAAGAUUCCAUUAACACAAGAAAUUGCUUCAAUCUUCCAUGUCCUUCUGGCAGAACACCUCUUCCUCAUGGUCAAUUUAUCGCUCCCCAUCCACAAAAAGACUUGCAUUUGGUGCACUUGCGAGAAGUUCCUUUUGCUCCUGUUUUGCUGGGUAACCUAUUGGCUUGAGCGGAUCGGGGCAAUUCAUGAUAUGACCUUUGGUGCUGAGCAAUUCACAAACAAGUGCAUUGAAUAUGAGUGCAAAGAUGCCUGUGACCAAUCAGAAGCAGAACAAGAAACAAGUGCAAACCAAUCUCGCAAUGAGUUGGAUAUUAUUGAUGGAGCUUUUGAUGCCCUUGCAGUGGUAGAAUCAGUGGUACAGCCUGAUAAGAAACUGGAAAAAGUUAAUGAAGUACUGUCAAGUUUGAACCGUGCGGGUGUAUUUGACAACCCCAUAUAA